CAGCUCAGGCCGUUCUCUCUGCUGAUUGGCUGAGACAGGGAGGAAGUGGUUUGUCAGAACAGCAAAGAUGUCCGCGCUCAUUUGAAAACCUGUCGUAGCCAAAUUCACAUUUUGAGCAACACAACCGACUCGUUUUUAUGUUAGCACGGUUGAAAACGUUGUGGCCAAGCCAACUAUAUAGUAAGAAAAGACGAGGACAUCGCGACAAGGGCCUGCUUAUUCCUUAUUAGCUGAAAUAAUGCUGAAAUCUGGAACUCAUGUCGGAAGUCGUGUAUGAAGAGACAGCCACGAUGAUUGCCGCAGGGGAUUUGCAGUCGUUCGUCCCAUUUGGCCGCGAGCACUGCAGGAACCAUCCGAACGCUUUCAACCUGCAGCUUAGGGAGCUCCAGCCAGCCUCUGAGCUCUGGUCCUCCGACGGUGCUGCCGGGCUGGUGGGGUCCCUGCAGGAAGUUAGUCUGCAGGAAAGAGAGAGGGAAUCUUGGCAGCUCAGAAAAGGUUGCACAGGAGUCAAAGAGGAUGAGGGUGAGUUUGAGGAAGAACUUUAUACUGCGGGAAACAUGGCUGUUUGGAGCCAGGGCAGUAGUACACAAGCCUCCAGUGUGUACAAGGCCUUCACUGUGGACAGCCCAGUGCAGCAGGCUUUAUGGUGCAACUUUGCUGUUCCUCAGAACAACAAUGAUGCUGAAGAAGUGGAGCAAAUGGUGUGUAUCGUCCAGAGUAGCUGCAUUAACGUACACACUGUGACUGGUAAAGAUUUCAUCUCACCGCUACCUUUCCAGGUUUUGAAUGUCUGGGCGACCAAGUUUGGACUUUUGCUGGAAAGGAAAAAUGCAGCGAAUGACACACAACCAAAUCCUCCUGGAGAACCUCUUCCAACAGUGUUCAGCAUGCUGCAUCCUUUAGAUGAAAUUGCACCAAUUGUGUGCAAACCUUCAGGCCCGUUUGAAGGCUCCCGUGUGCAGUAUGUGUCCGACUCCAACAUGAAGAUAGUGUUCACCUGCUGCCAGCCCUCUAUAGUUGUAUCAUAUGAUACUGUACAAGGAACGCACACAGUGUGGGCCCUGCGGAAAGUCACACAUGAUGAGCGUUCCAUGGUCCUGCGGUGUCCGACAGAACCAGCUGGGACACCGUUGGGUUUGAUGGCUUCAGGUUUUCCAGCAUCUUAUUUACGCAACGCCUCUCAUCUUGACUCACCUGGAGGAAGUGGAGGAAGUGGAGGGCUGGGUUCUGCAGCGGGAAUAAGUUCUGCGUUCAGCUCUCCUCUGCACUACAGCGCCCUGCACAGUCACCCGAGCAGGAUCAUGACCUCCUCACCGGGAGUACACUCUCGAGUUCCUUCUCCAAGCAUAUCCAUCAUGGCCGCCUUAAGGUGGGAUCGCUCUCACACUCCAGGCAUGGCUGCUCCGUCCUUUUCUGGCGCCUCUCGUUUCAACACGUCCUUCCACAGCCCGUCCCCCAGGGGGCACCACGGCUUGUUGCCGUCUCCUAACAGCACUGCUAACGAGAGCAUGGUGAUGCCGGAGCUGGAGCCGAUCAUACCGGACCUCUGCGUGGAGCAGCUGUGGAGUGAGCCGAUCUCCGCUGGCUGUCAAAGGGAGAUGAGCAGCCAGGCAUCUAAAGUAUUUCUGACCUCUGACCUCUGUGAGAACCACUACCUCUGCUUCCUGGUGGAAUCACAUCAACACCUGAGAUGCGUGAAGUUUAUAGAGAGCAACGAUGCCACUCAGCUCAUCUUCCCCUCCGUCACAACCAUUCCUGCAAAAGAUGCUGCCCCUCUGCAGAACAUAGAUGCCAUGUUGGUUCUGGAGGCUUGUGGCAGUCUGGUUAUUUACACAGGAAUCACAAGGGUCAGUAAGGUGCAUCUCCCCAGCCCGCUGUCUCACUCCAUCAGCCUGACCAAUCACCGCCCUUAUCUCAGCACGCCAGUAGAGACCGUCAGUACACCUGCUAAUGCAGGCAGCAGGCACAUCCACAGGCUUAAUGAGGAUGCAAUGCCCUCUCCAGUAUCAGAGCUGAAGAGUCUAAACAUUAGACAGCAUGAAGCUUCUUUCUUUGAAGACUUCUCGUUUCAACAAGCCACGCCUUACAUCCUCUCUUUGCGGGACCCUGUGUGCAACCGGGUCACUCUGGAGCUAAGCAGUGGUGUGAUGCUGAGGAUCUGUAUCCCAGAGAUAGCUACCUCUGAGCUGGUGAGGAAGUGCCUUCAAGCGAUUCGGUUCAUCCUGCCCAAAGAAGUUGCCAUGAAGGUCUUGGUGAAGUGGUACAACAUCUACAACGCCCCCGGCGGCCCCAGCGCUCAUGCAGAGUGGAGCCAGUUCGUCACCUGUUUUAUGACACUGAUGGGCUACAACACGGAGCGCCUGGCCUGGACUCGACACCUGCAAUUUGAAGUCCCGCUCUCUCCAGUUAUUGCUGCCAAGAAGGCUCGUCCUUCUGACGGAGGCUCUGAUGAGGACUGGGACUACCUGUUGGCUUCUCAUUAUCAUCGUCAGAUAAACUCUCAGCCUGUCUGUGGGUCAGUGGACCCCAACAAUGUUCCCGUCGCAGAAAAAGAGGACCCGUUUUCUGUGAAUUCUCCCUCCAGCUCAUCUUUGAAACUUGAGAGUUCGGCUCCUCUGUUCCCUCACAUUCCCGCCCUUUUCGGUGUCCUGCAUCUGCUCUACCAGGAGCUGCAGCUGGACGAGCUGCACAGGGCAAGAGCUUCAUCACUGGUGUGUCUGCUGCAGCAGUUGGCCAGAGACCUGCAGCUGGAGGAAUAUGUUGAUCUGUACUGGAGAGACUACCCUUCACUAAUUAGCUGCUAUACGGAGAGCUGCAUCAUAGACCAGGCUGUGAUUGGUCAGAUGCACCGCCCGUCCUUCCUCAGCUCUGAUCCACCAUGUGUGUUCAACUGGCUCAGUAGCUGCUUGAGAGGGGAGGAAAGCCCCCCAUUUCCUUACCUGCCUGGCGUCUGUCAGAGGACCAAGCUGCUGGUUCUGAGUUAUGCUCUGUACGUCAUUGGAGAUGAUAAUGCUACGUCGACAAAUGUAUGGAAGUACCUCCUGAAGCUCUCAGCAGGCCAGAAAUCCCGUGUUAGUGAGUCAAACUCCAGAAGGCAGAGCAGUGUGAAGGUCAGGUUUUCCAGUGAGAGUCUAGCUGAGCAGCUGGUGGUGUGGCUCGCCUCUCAGGGCUUCACCCUGAAGGAUUUGGAGUCGGUCCCGUUCGGAGUGGCUUUGCCCAUUAGAGAGGCAAUUUAUCGAUGUCGCGAGCAGCCGUCCUCUGAUUGGCCAGAGGAAGUCUGUCUGCUGAUUGGCCGACAGGACCUGACCAAGCAAGCUCACAAGAUGACCCUGGCAAAAAGCAAAGCUUCUGUAGGAUCAGGAUUCUCCUUGGUCCCUCCUGCAUCCUCAGAAGCAGACGAGGAGGAGGAUGGCAUGUCGGACAUAAUUCAUGAGGUUACAGGACUGAUCUGGAGUCAAGAUUUAAGGAUCCAGGAAGUCAGAAGGCUCCUCCAGAGCUCAAGGCCGGUCCGGGUUAGUGUUGUACAACAACCUGAAGUUUCAGACCACGAGUACAUAGAGGAGAAAGAAAACAAACUUCUGCAGUUGUGCCAGAGGACGAUGGCUCUUCCGGUUGGCAGAGGCCUCUUCACGCUUUUUUCCUACCAUCCUGUACCAACCGAACCGUUGCCUUUACCAAAACUCAACCUUACAGGCCGUGCUCCUCCCAGGAACGGUAUGGUAGACCUCAACAGUGGGAACAUUGAUGUUCCUCCCAACAUGACCAAUUGGCCCAGUUUCCAUAAUGGAGUUGCAGCGGGACUUAAAAUAGCUCCCGCUUCACAGGUGGACUCGGCAUGGAUCGCAUACAACAAGCCGAAGAGCCCUGAGCUGGCUAACGAGUACGCAGGCUUUCUAAUGGCCCUCGGCCUCAACGGACACCUCACCAAGCUGGCUACGCUCAACAUACAUGACUACCUCACCAAGGGACAUGAGAUGACCAGCAUUGGACUCCUGCUGGGCGUUUCUUCUGCCAAACUGGGCACCAUGGACAUGUCAAUCACCCGACUGCUCAGUAUUCACAUUCCUGCUUUGCUCCCUCCCACCUCCACUGAGCUGGACGUGCCACACAAUGUUCAGGUUGCUGCUGUCAUUGGUAUCGGUCUGGUGUACCAGGGAACGGGACACAGACACAACGCGGAAGUCCUGCUGUCUGAGAUUGGCCGACCUCCAGGUCCAGAGAUGGAGUACUGCACUGACAGGGAGUCCUAUUCACUCGCAGCAGGACUCGCACUUGGCAUGGUUUGUCUUGGGCACGGCAGCAACCUGAUCGGAAUGACGGACCUCAACGUUCCCGAACAGUUGUACCAGUACAUGGUCGGGGGCCAUCGGAGAGCUCAGGCCGGGGCCAGCAGGGAAAGGCACAAGUCUCCCAGCUAUCAGAUCAAGGAGGGUGACACAAUAAAUGUAGACGUGACGUGUCCAGGAGCCACGCUGGCCCUCGCCAUGAUCUACCUGAAGACCAACAACAGGUCGAUUGCUGAUUGGCUGAAACCUCCAGAUACUUGGUUUCUGCUGGACUUCAUUAAGCCAGAGUUUCUGCUGCUGAGGACUCUUGCACGGUGCAUUAUCAUGUGGGAUGAAAUCCUGCCAAACACAGAGUGGGUUAAGAGUAAUAUACCCCAGAUCAUGAGGGGGAAUUUUGACCCCUCAGAAGACAUCAAUAUGGACACAAUGGCUCAAGCCCAAGACUACAUCACAUCUGGCGCGUGCAUGGCGUUGGGUUUGCGCUUCGCUGGCUCUGCCAAUUCCGAUGCCUUCGACUGCCUCUACGAGUUUGCCAAGACCUUCAUGAAGAUGAUGUCGUUUGCUGGCACUGCGGCUGUGGGCGCACAGAUGGGUUAUUAUAAUCUACAAACCUGCCUGUCGAUGAUCCUGCUGGCGAUGUCUAUGGUAAUGGCGGGCACUGGGAACCUGAAGGUCCUGCAGCUGUGUCGCUUCUUCCACAAGCGAACCGGCGGCGAGAUGAACUACGGCUUCCACAUGGCUCAUCACAUGGCCCUCGGUCUGCUCUUCCUGGGAGGUGGCAGAUACACCCUCAGCACCUCCAACUCAGCCAUCGCUGCCCUACUGUGUGCCUUGUACCCUCACUUUCCUGCUCACAGCACUGACAACCGCUAUCACCUGCAGGCCCUGCGGCAUCUGACCGUGUUGGCUGCAGAACCCCGGCUCCUGGUUCCUGUGGACGUUGACUCUCUGAAGCCCUGUUAUGCUCUGUUAGAGGUCACUUACAAGGGAACCAAGUGGUAUAAUGAGACGACAGUGGAACUGAUGGCUCCCACCCUUCUUCCUGAGCUUCACCUUCUCAAAGAGGUAAAAGUAAAGGGGCCACGAUACUGGGAAUUGUCUCUCGACCUCAGCAAAGAAACUCAGCAUCUGAAGUCCAUCCUGGUCAGAGACGGCGUGUUGUACGUGAAGUUGCGGGCUGGACAGCUGCCCUACAAAGACGACCCCCAGGGCUGGAAGAGCCUGCUGGCCACAGCCGUCAGCCACCGAAACUCUGGAGUCACGGCCUUCAAGCCUGAAGCCAUUUCUACCUUCACCUCAGAGCCUGCUCUCAUCUCCUUUGCUGAAUUCUUCUGUAAAACCUCAGAAGGACUGAAAUCUAGAGACGAUAGCCUCAUGUUGUUCUCAGCAAUGCUGUACGAGUGCGUCACGCAGGAGUGUCCGGAGAUGCUGCCAACAUAUAUCGCUAUUGAGCAGGCCGUUGGGGCUCUGCGUCAGGGUGACCUUCAGCAGACCUUCCCCUUGUGGCAGCUGCGCCUGGUGGUGGAGUUAUGGGACAGCCGGGUGCUGCGAGGCCUUGCCAACAAACAUGACACCCUGCUAACCUCCGAGUUUCUUCCUGUCAUGAAGAAUGCAGUCGACGUGGCGCUGGACAACUGGCUCAAAGACCACAGCUCAGUGGUGAGAUCCUACAUGAGGGGCGAGGUUCUGUCCAGGGACCCUCAGUCCAUCAUGUUGGCCUGCUUCCUGGUGUACCGGUCCAUCCCGUGCUGCAGAAAUAUGCAAGCAAACCUGGAGGGCUGCAACUCAUUUGCAGAUUUAUUAUUGCGUAGCAGCCAGCUGGGCAUCCCUUUGAGAGACCUGUUGAGACUGGUGCCCGUCCUCCUGAGUUCUGCAUCUGGAUCGCAGUCCCUACUGUUCCCCCUGCCAGCAUUUUCAUCCUGAUGCUCCAAGCCCAGUCAGUUUGAAUCUCAGGGAUGCAGAAGAGGUGGGAAAACAAAAGUGUCAAAUUGUGACGCCUUCAAUGUUGCAGUGAAAAAAAGAGGAAAAUAUAGACUUCAAACCUCCGUUAAAUGGAAUAACUAAUGUACGUUUUUUUUUGUUUUUUUUUUAUAUAUGCUAGUGAUGUAUUUUGCAUUUUUUACAGCGUAACAGGUAAAACUGCAGGAAUCAUGCUGCAUACGCACCAAUUUUAUGGUGCAACUAAUCUCCUGUGGGACUGAGUCCAGCAUCUUUCAUCAAAGAGCUGAACAGAAAUGAACAGGGCACCGAAAGCAAGGCAUGACAAUAAAAGAGAAAAUACCUGUGA